GGGAUGUACCUUUCCAUUUGUUGCUUUUUCUUCUGCUGGGCUCCCGCCCUGUCACUGAAGAACCUGAAUUACUCGGUGCCCGAGGAGCAGGGAGCGGGCACGGUCAUUGGGAACAUCGGGCGCGAUGCGCGGCUGGCGGCAGGCGCGGCGGGAGGCGGGAUGCUGCCCGCGGAGCGUGGCGUUCCCGGUGGCGGCCCCGGGGGUGGCCGCGGUACCAAGUCCACCUUCCGCGUACUGGAGAAUUCAGCCCCGCACCUCCUGGACGUGGACGGGGAGAGCGGGCUGCUCUACACCAAGCAGCGCAUUGACCGUGAGGCGCUGUGCCGGCGCAGCACCAAGUGCCAGCUGUCCCUCGAGGUGUUCGCCAAUGACCAGGAGAUCUGUAUGAUCAAAGUGGAGAUUCAGGACCUGAACGACAACGCACCAUCAUUCCCUUCUGACCAAGUGGACAUGGACAUCUCCGAAAAUGCUGCACCAGGCACCCGCUUCCCCCUCACCAGCGCCCAUGACCCAGAUGCUGGGGACAAUGGUCUGCGCACCUACCUGCUCACUCGUGAUGACUACGGCCUCUUCUCCCUCGAUGUGAAGUCCCGUGGUGAUGGCACAAAGUUUCCGGAGCUGGUCAUCCAGAAGCCAUUAGACCGUGAGGAGCAGAGUCACCACACCCUGGUGCUGACAGCAUUGGACGGUGGUGACCCGCCGCGCUCAGGCACGGUGCAGAUCAAUGUGCGCCUCAUUGACUCCAAUGACAACAGCCCCAUCUUUGAGGCAGCCUCCUACGUGGUAGAGCUGCCAGAGAAUGCACCACUAGGCACGGCAGUCAUCGAUCUCAAUGCCACUGAUGCUGAUGAGGGUACCAAUGGAGAGGUGCUCUACUCAUUCAGUGGCUACACACCUGAGCGUGUCCGUGACCUGUUCAGCAUUGACCCACAGAGUGGCCUCAUCCGUGUUAAGGGCAACCUGGACUAUGAGGAGAGUGGCCUCAUUGAGAUUGAUGUCCAAGCUCGGGACCUGGGGCCAAAUCCCAUCCCUGCUCACUGCAAGGUCACUGUCCGCCUCAUUGACCGCAAUGACAAUGCUCCCACCAUAGGUUUUGUCUCCGUUCGCCAGGGAGCUCUGAGUGAGGCUGCCCCACCAGGCACUGUCAUUGCCCUGGUGCGGGUCACCGACCGUGACUCAGGCAAGAAUGGGCAGCUCCAGUGUCGGGUGCUGGGCGGUGGCGGUGGGCCUGGUGCCGUUCCUUUCACCCUGGAGGAGAACUAUGACAACUUCUACACUGUGGUCACCGACCGACCCCUGGACCGUGAGGCACAGGACGAGUACAAUGUGACCAUUGUGGCACGUGAUGGGGGCAAUCCCCCACUUAACUCCACCAAGUCAUUUUCUGUCCGGAUCCUUGAUGAGAAUGACAACCCACCCCGCUUCAGCAAGAAUCUUUAUGUGUUGCAGGUGCCUGAGAACAACAUCCCUGGAGAGUAUCUGGGCUCAGUCUUGGCCCAGGAUCCUGACUUGGGCCAAAAUGGGACAGUGUCUUACUCCAUUCUGCCUGGGCAUGUGGGAGAUGUCUCCAUCUACACCUAUGUCUCUGUCAACCCCACAAAUGGUGCUAUUUAUGCUCUGAGGAGCUUCAAUUAUGAGCAGACAAAGCACUUUGAAUUCCGCGUGCUAGCCAAAGACUCGGGUUCACCUCACCGUGAAAGCAAUGCCACGGUGCGUGUCACCGUGCUCGAUGUCAACGAUAACGCGCCCCUCAUCGUCCUGCCUGCCCUCAUCAAUGACACUGCUGAGCUGCAGGUGCCACGCAAUGCUGGGGUGGGCUACCCCGUGGGCACCGUCCGCGCCCUGGACAGUGACUUUGGGGAGAGUGGGCGCCUCACGUAUGAGAUUGUGGAAGGCAAUGAGGAGCACCUCUUUGAGAUGGACCCCACCAGUGGUGAGAUACGCACCUUGCACCCCUACUGGGAGGAGCUCAGCCCUGUGGCUGAACUGGUGGUAAAAGUCAGUGACCAUGGCAAGCCCAGCCUCUCUGCUGUGGCCAAGCUCAUAGUCAGGGCCUUGGCGGGGCCCCUGCCCGAGGCUGGCGAGCCGCAGGUGAAUGGUGAGCAGCAUCGGCGGCCACACUGGGACUUGUCGCUGCCGCUGAUUGUGACACUGAGCACUGUCUCCAUCAUCUUGCUGGCUGCCAUGAUCACUAUUGCUGUGAAGUGCAAGCGAGAGAACAAGGAGAUCCGCACCUAUAAUUGUCGCAUUGCCGAGUAUAGCCACCCUCAGCUGGGAGGAGGGGGAGGCAGUGGCGGGGGAGGAGGAGGCAGUGGCAGUGGAGGGGGCAAGGGCAAGAAGAAGAAGAUCAGCAAGAAUGACAUUAUGCUGGUGCCCAGUGAGGGCGAGGACAGCCGGGGUCCCCUCAAUGUCAUGAACGUGGUGAGCAGCCCAUCCCUGGCCACCUCACCCAUGUACUUUGACUACCAGACCCGCCUGCCCCUCAGCUCUCCCAGGUCUGAGGUGAUGUACCUGAAGCCCGCCUCCAACAACCUGACUGUACCCCAGGGACAUGUGGGCUGCCACACCAGCUUCACAGGGCAAGGGACUAACGCCAGCGAGGCUCCCCCGAGCCGGAUGUCCAUAAUUCAGACAGACAAUUUUCCCGCAGAGCCCAAUUACAUGGGCAGCAGGCAGCAGUUUGUUCAAAGUAGCUCCACAUUCAAGGAUCCAGAAAGAGCCAGCUUGAGGGACAGCGGGCAUGGGGACAGUGAUCAGGCUGACAGUGAUCAAGACACUAACAAAGGCUCCUGCUGUGACAUGUCUGUUAGGGAGGCACUCAAGAUGAAAACUACUUCAACUAAAAGCCAGCCACUUGAACAAGAACAAGAAGAAUGUGUUAACUGCACAGAUGAAUGCAGAGUGCUUGGUCAUUCUGACAGGUGUUGGAUGCCACAGUUCCCUGCAGCCAGUCAGGCUGAGAAUGCAGAUUAUCGCACAAAUCUCUUUGUACCCACAGUUGAAGCUAACGUUGAGACUGAGACAUAUGAAACUGUGAAUCCCACUGGGAAAAAGACUUUUUGUACAUUUGGGAAAGACAAGAGAGAGCACACUAUUCUCAUUGCCAAUGUUAAACCUUACUUAAAAGCCAAACGUGCCCUGAGUCCUCUGCUUCAGGAGGUUCCCUCAGCAUCGAGCAGCCCAACCAAGACAUGCAUUGAGCCUUGCACCUCAACAAAAGGACCACUGGAUGGUUGUGAAGUGAAAUCAGGAGCCUUGGCUGAACCAAGCAGCCAGUACUUGUCAACUGACAGUCAGUAUCUAUCACCCAGUAAACAGUCAAAGGACGCUUCCUUCAUUGCAUCAGAUCAGAUGGCUAGGGCCUUUGCAGACGUGCACUCCCGAGUGAGCCGAGACUCGAGUGAGAUGGACUCUGUUCUGGAGCAGUUAGACCGUUCAGCCCGGGAUCUAGGCAGGGAGUCGGUGGAUGCCGAGGAAGUUGUGAGAGAAAUAGACAAGCUCUUGCAGGACUGCCGGGGAAGCGACCCUGUGGCCAUCAGAAAGUGAGGGGGAAAAUAAGGACAGGCUGGCAGUUGCAUUCCUCUUCUGCUGAUUGAAAGUAAAUAAAUGAAUAAAUUCCCUGGUUGUAACAGAAUUACAGGAAUGAAGGAAGACCAAUGCUGCUUUAAGGCUUUUAGUGAACAUCUGAAGUGCCCACAAGUAUGUUCUUUUCACUGCUCUUUCUUUUUGACAGAUAACACUGGUUUCAUUUUGACCAAACUUUCAUUAGGACAGAGUCAAGUACACCAAGAACAAAAUGAAAGAAGGAAAGACAGUACCAUUUUGACAAUCUGAUAGGAAGGUGUGAGAAAGAUGGAAUGGAAAUAUGUCUGAUACUUUAAGACUGUCCUCAACAGCUGAUGCUGACUUUACUGUUUACGUAUAAACCCCGAGAAAAACAGGGUUGAAUAAUGCUGAUCUGUGGUGAAUUUCCAGCAGCCACCACAGGCUUCUACUGAAAGUCCUAUAAAGAGUUCUUGUAGUAGUCCAAGCGACACCAAACAUUAACAUUCAUUUGUGGUAAACAUUUAUGUACAAAGUUAUCUGCCACAAAUAUGAAAUAUGAAAAAAAAAAAAGAAAAAAAGAACAAUAAAACAAAAAUAACCAUUCCAGAUCAUUAUUCAAAAAAACAUAUCCUCAUCAUUAAUGAAGCACUACAUAUCAUAUUAAGAUUAAAUGUAGAAUUAUAUAGUCCAUCUUGUCCUGCACACACAUAAGCUAAUUCACUUGAUAAAAUGAAAAAAAAAAAGAUUUUAAUAUCUAUUUAGCAUUUUAGUGUCCAACAAAGCUAUAAAUAGUUAGUGAUAAGUUAAAAAAAAAAAAAAAGAAAAGGAAAUGAAGUAAAAUUUGGGGAAAAAAGAGUUACCUUAACAGUAAUACAGAAAAGAAAUUAACAUUAUUAACACUUUUUUAUUUAUUUGUGGACACUAAAAUAGCUCAGGAAAGUGAAAAUGUCAGACAUCCACAAAAAUCACAUUGUCAUUUAAAUGUGCAAAUGUAAGAUGAUUCAGUGUGUUUACAUCAAAUGACAUAUUUUUAUUGAUUUAUUGCAGAUUCAGUGCAUAUGAGCCAAAUUGUUGAGUGUAUAAGAGCUAUAUUGUGUAUUUUAUUAAAUUAAUAUAUAGUUGUGUUGCAAAAAUAUUUGGGCUUAUAUUGUAAAUGGCAAGUGUUGCCUCAGUAGCUGUCGAACUCUAUGAGUUUUGUUUUUUCCUGCUUCCUUUUCCCCAUGGAAUAUGGGAAGCAGCGCCUCAGAGCAAAGUCUCUUGUUUAAUGUAUGGUCUACGAAGUACUCCAGUACAUAAUCUGUUCAAAAUAUGUUUGAGUGAGCUGAUGGAGCUAACUGAACAGCCUACAAAUACAUCCAUCAGUCAUGGUUAUGUGCAGGUCCUUGUAGAAGCUUCUAUUGCAAACCCAUGUUUAAUAACAAAAAUUACACUUGAACCA